AUGACAAUUGUCGCUCGCCAUGGUGCGAAUCUGCGAGAGAAGCCGCUAGAGCCCAUCUCCAAGCUGGCACCCUUCUCAGCCCUGAUCAUCUCGAUUAUCCUCGUGGUCUUUUUCCUCGUUCGUUUCUAUGUCCUCGAGGGUUUCCUCAUCCGCAAGGUGUAUGGAUCUAUCUUCACCGACAUGAGCGAACUGAACCGUCGCGGCUUCGUCAAUCAUCACAUCGCCGGUGUCACCAAGAUCAUCAUUCUGGCCAUUGCCGCCUACCCAUUCGUCGAUAUCACCUUCUGCCAUGGAACAUUUAACACGCCCUUUGCCUAUGGCUCGACGGUCACUAUGGGCGAUAUCCUGGUGGUGGUUGCCCAGAUGCUCAUCGCUAUGUAUAUCUUCGAGCUGCUGUAUCGGUCAAAGUUGUCGCCUGUUGCUGUGCUGCACCAUGUCGGUACGAUUCUCAUCGGACAGUCCGCAAUUGCCAUUAGCCUUAAACUCGCCCGCGAACCUGACGCCGAUAUUGAAUUUAUUCUGUGUACUGUAUGGGGCGCCUUCGACAUCGUCUCCGAAUUCUGUCCACACAUCGCCAUCAUCCUCUACCGCGUAUUCCCCCAACGCCACCUCUUCCUCAGCCGACUCUUCCUCCUCUCGUGCAUCACCACCGCCACAGGGACCUUCUGUGAGACCAUUGUGACAAUGUGGCUGUUUGGCAGCUUGUGGAACCGGUGGGAGAUUGCAUUCAAAGUGGCCACCCCGCUGCUCCACAUCGCGUUUUCAGCUGCACAGAUCCACGGAAGUCUCGUCUUCUGGCGCAUGUACCGCAGACAACAGCGCUUUCUGGCUGAGGAGUGUGCUGAAGAUGUCGAGAAGAGUAAGGAUGAGGUGGUUGAGUCUGCUCAGGCUCAAACAGUGGAUGUUUCUGCGUCGAGGGAGGAGUUGACUCGGCCUGUUACAUGA